UAUUACGAUUCGCCCUUUCUGAUGCAUUUACACACUGACAGUCUACGUUUUCCACCGCUUGGAGUGCUGUCACAUAUCACAACCUUGAGUUGUUGCACUUUGGUUACUCUAACCGACACUACAGAAGCAUGUUUUCAGCUCCGGGCCACCCAGUAUGUAGCUCUCAGCUACUUAGUUAGCUCCGUGUAGCCGCUAAUGAGAGCAACCGGCAGCUUACAGCCCAACCACGGAAUGCCCCGGAGAAAGAAAAACGGCCAGAGUCCGGCCAGAGCUCCCGGUGGGUCGCCAGAGCGGGGAAGCCUUGGCCACAACAGGGGUUACUCUCUACCGGCGGGAUUUGACGGUGCCAUGGCGAACAACUUUCCAUCCAGCACCUCACUGCCCAGGUCCGUCAAGGAGAAAAUCGUGAAAAGCAUGCAGGAGAUGUUCUCUCACCUGGAUCCCGAAGUUAUAUACAUCGUGCUGUCCGAGUGUGAUUUUAAAGUUGACAAUGCCAUGGACACCCUCUUGGAACUGGCUGAGGUCGCAGCCCCCGCAACUUCCCAUGUCUCCGGCUUCGAGCGCACUGCCGCGGCCCUGCUCAGCCCGUACCACUCCUCUGGGUCUGGACCAGACUCCUCCAGACCAUCCCAGCUGCCCCCCUCUCCUCCUCUACCCACCAGCCUCCUGACAGAAGAGCUGGACCUGCUCGUUGACCAGGAGCUACAGGCACUAACUGCACGGCGAGGCGUCGAGGAAGAGCGCCGCAGCAGCCAGUAUUUAUCCGUUGGUGCGUCGCUCUCCUCUCUCCCUCCACUGCCGUUCCAGCAGCAGGUCCUCCCUGAGCUGCUUCAGGCCAGCCUGCAAACUGGACCUAGAGGGCCCUCUGGAGGCCUGGCUGAGCAUUUCUCCGGAACUUCCUCUCCGCUUGACCGGAGCGUUUGGGAAGACGAAAGUGUUGAGCAGCAGCAGUCAAAGGUGGAUUUCACACAUCUGAUGACCGAGACGUCUGAAUGCAAGCCGAAGCCUGCUCUGGACCUGGCGACGUCGGGGCGUCCCUCGGCCUUCCAGGUGUAUAAAAAGCUGCAAGACCCGUCGCAUGCUCUCUCAGACAAGGCUGGGGUCGUGCCCUCUGAAGCGAUGGUCGGCGGAGCAAGAUCCAAGGCGGACACAUUGAAUCAGGAGCCGCUUGGCUACAUGUCUUUGCCCUGGAACAUGCAGGCACCGGUGUUUUCUCCCCGCAUCCACGGAAUCCAAGGGCCGGUCUUCAUUACCCCCGUGGCUCAGUCGCCGUCCGUCUGGUCCUGCCAACCCAGGCCGACUCUGGGCCCUGUCAGCCGAGCGCCUCUCAGACCUGCUGCUACCAUUCCAAAGUCCUGGGCCCUGUCCGCUGCCCCACAUCUUCCCGCCCAGCACAGCAGGCUUCGUUUGGAAGGGAAAGUCCUCGUGCUGCUACGCGGUGCUCCAGGAUCUGGCAAGUCGACCUUGGCAAGAGCCUUCUUAGAGCAAAACCCAGGUGGAGUUAGACUGAGCACGGAUGAUUACUUCACUCGCCACGGAGUUUAUCAGUAUGACCCCGCUGCUCUAGGGGAGGCCCAUGAGUGGAACCACAAACAAGCCAAGGAGGCGUUUGCCAGGGCUGCUAACCCCAUCAUCAUUGACAAUACCAACAUGCAGGGCUGGGAGAUGAAACCAUACGUGGCUCAGGCACUGAAACAUGGAUACAAGGUGCUGUUCCGAGAGCCGGACACUUGGUGGAAGAACAAGCCCAGAGAACUGGAGAAACGUACCACACACAGUGUGCCGGUGGAAAGAAUCCGACGCAUGCUCGAUAACUGCGAGCGCUUCGUCACGGUCCAGUCCAUCAUGGGUUCACGGAUGCCUGAGAUGAAACCGCGCCUCCUUCUGGAGAACAACCGCGCGCAGCUGGUGACUUCUAAAACAUCUUGCCCUGACCUUGUCGGGCCGCCCGGAUUGGCUGAGGGAUGUAAUAAAUCCCACCCUCAGCUGUGUUCCUCUCUCCCCGACGUGUCAUCUAUUGGUCGUUGUCGUGAAAUGGGAAUGAUGGAAGAAGGCACCCACAAAUCCACGGAGUCCCUCAAUUUCCAACCCACCGGAACUCUUACGGAAAACCCUGCAAUGUCCGACGGGGUCAACGACAUGGAUUUGGGCGAAUUCGAUUCUGAGUUAGACGCCCAGUUAGAGCUGAACCGUCCAAUAGGAGAUCAGAGAAUCCCAGACUGUAUUGUGGAAUCGGUGAUGAGCGAAGAUCCUCGCGGGGAUGACAUGCCCGUUGCUUUCUCUGAAUCCAUUGCGCAAAGAGUGUGGAGAGAAAGACCGAGCAGGGGGUCCGGUUUCGACCGGUCGGAGCCCGCAGACGGCGAGGCAAAGGAGGCAGAAGGGAGUGAGACGGCAAGGGAUGGGGGAGAGAAGGGAAGGCCUCAGAUGUUGGAUUUUGCAGGAGAUUGGCCUUGCGGAGGGUCCCUCGAGCAUCAACGGGUGAGGAAAAGAGAAGGGCAUGAAGACGGAAACGGGAAGGAAGAUGAAGCCGUGUGUACUGAUGCUGACAAAAAUAUAGCGAAGGUGCAGCCGGGACCCGAUGUGACGGAGUUUCAGAAGCGUCUUGAUCUCAUUCAGACGGGAGGAGCCGACAUUCGGACGGGCUCUUCCCGUUCGUCCUCGCUUUCCCAGAGCUCUGGGGAGGAACUGGAGAAAGAAGAAGAUGAAGCGGCGGUUAACAGCACCAGAGGUGAGUUACCCGACUGUGUGUUGGACUGGAAGGCAGCUGGCUCUAGUAAGGUCAGAGAAUCAAGACUUGACGGUUGGGAGGGAAUUGCAAGGGAAAGGGAAGCCAGACGCACCACAGGAGGAAAGGAUAAUGUGUUGGAGAUCGUCAGCAAAUCUGUGGAUUUGAAAUCAACCGACCCAACUAAUCCAAACUCGCCUCUCGAUGGUGAUUCACUAGUCAUCUCCGAAACUGUGGAGGCAGAUGUGUGCCAUGAUGGAGUGGUAAGCCACAAUGUCGAAGGUGAUGUUGGCGCAGGGCUGGCCGCUGGUCAUACUGAUACGGACAGGACAGAGGAUGGCAGAGAGACUGAAGCUGAUGGGAGUCAUAUUAGCGAGGCGAGUGAGAGUCCUGCGUGGGAGGGCUCUGUGGAGGCCGAAAGCAGUGCUUUCAGUGGAGGCAGUCAGGAGAGAAAGCAGCGCCAUGGUCGUAGAUCAGGGAAACAGUGCAAACUGGCACUCACCUUCACUCAAAAUUGCCCCGCUCCCUCACAGAGUACUCUCGAAACACCCAAUAGCUCAGCCCAAAGCGGGAACAGCAUUCAGAAUAGCACCGACACCGAUGUGGAACCUGACUGUAGCCUUAAACCCAACUUUGACCUGUCCAGAACUGACGCACACCCCCAGCCUCCGUCACCGCUUCCCCUGGCAAUCCGAGGCAGCCCCACCCAGACGGAUCCUCAAGACUUUGCCCUUCUCUGGCGUCUCAAUCGGCGAGACGCAGUCGCCGCAGCAUGCCGCGUCACAGUGCUGUCCGGCGACUCCUCUCGCUUUGUGCCGGAGCUGUCGUCUGCCGUCUCCGCGGCGGUCGCAGUGCACCCAUCCAACCAAAGAGAGGUACCCUACCACGUGGCACACGAGAAGGGCACGCAGGUGGAGGAGAAGGAGCUCGGGGCGACUCAAGACCGCCUGAAGAGCCUGCGUAUCCUCAGCAGCCACUUCAAAUUGGUUAGUUUUGACACGCUGGAAGAUCUGCACGACAAAUGCCACCAGGACCUUGAGUGGACGACCAACCUGCUGCUGGACUCCGGAGAGAGGUUCUUCAGAGAGGACGAUGGGAAGGAGGAGGAUGGUGCUCGGGGUGGUGAUGAGCGGAACACAUCCGGUCUGUGUGGAGCUUCAGGAAAACCUGAAGGGACCAGGUUAUGUCCUAAUGUGCUAGUUGAGCAUUUCCCUGAAGGUUGGCCACAGGGAGAGCCAGCUGGGUUUAAGGAGGAGUCUGCAGUUAGUGAGUCAUAUGAGAGCGCCGAUAAUACCGAUGCGGCCGUUCCAGUUAGAAACAUAGAUCAUCCUGAUACAAAAACAUCUCAAGGGGAUCCAAGUGUGCCUCAUGCAGCAAGCAAAGGAGAGAAAGGCGGCGAGUGCAAAGCGACAUCAGAAGCUCACCCAGAAUGCGUUGCUUGGGGUGGAAGCUUAGAUGAUGGAGUGAUAGUUGAAGAGUCCAGAGUUGAGAUGGAGGAGGAGAUCGCCAGCAUGGACGAGGUCCACCGGCUGCUGCUGUACGAGAUGGAAAGAGAGGAGGAGGAGAGGACCGGAAGGAGGCACGCAGAGGAGAGAGGGAGCAGACACCUAGACAUCCAGAGCGUGGAGCUGAAACUACCCACUGAAGUGGCGCUGCAGCUAAUUGAACUGUUUGGUCCCGUCGGAGCAGACCCAGGUGCAUGCUCCACUGAUGAAUAUGCAGUGCAGAUGGACCUGCACCUGGCCAAACUGCUCCACCAGAAGUGGAAGGAAACCAUUCAGAAAAAGCAGAGACAAGCAACUCUUUCCUUUCACUUGCUUGGUGAAAGUUCAGCACACUGGGGUGAGUCACAGGUGGCCCGACCUGGAUCACGAGACCAGACACAGCCCACACGGGUCUCGAUUAGCGCAGAGGGUCACGCGUCACUGGUCAACCAACUGGAGGCCCGCGGUCAGAUGCCGUUCAUGGACCACUGGAACGCGCCACACCCCCACGUGUCUCUCAGAAAUAUCAUCAAAGAGGAGCAGGCUUUGCAGGAGAACGUGGAAAAAGUAACACGUACACAGGUAUCCAUACAUAUCCUAGUUUGUUCCUCUCUGCACACCACACAUCCUGACCCCCUUUCCAACCCUCCUGUCAAUCAGACCAGACAAAGUCGUGCAGACCUGGACCGGCGCGAUGGAGCCGCCCUGUUGAAUGAGAACCAACUGUUCUCCCUCUUCCCCACCAUUGACAGGCAUUUCCUCCAGGACAUCUUCAGAGACCACAACUACAGCCUCACCCAGACGGAGCUGUUUCUCAGCUCUCUACUGGAGGAGGAGCCCGUCAAGACAGUGGUCGCCCCAGAGGCUCCGCGCUCCGACCACCUCAGAGCAGCCAGCAAGGAGAGGGAGAAGCAUUAUUUUGUCAUCUUUUGUUGUCAUUGAUUCAUUAUUACCAUACAGGCAGUUUUGUGGGGUCGAUCACACUGAGACGCAUCGCUGCAGCUUCAAAAAGGCCACGGCAAAGCAGGUUCAGGGCUGUGGAGCAGGGCAGCGUGUACAACCGAUCAUGUGUGAAUAACAGAAAUUGGAUAAUGCGCUCGCUCAACCGCAUCCUAAAUGAAAUUGUUGCAAAAUGAGAAUUGAAUUCCCCCUUUCCACUCUCACACACACCGUAGCUCUCUCACAACCCAACAGCUAGCUAGCUAGAUAGCCCGACCGCAUCGAAACAAGAAGGGAGUGGUAAAGUAGUAAAGCCCGCCUCUUGCUUGAUUUGAUUGGCUUCCUGGGCCAAAUGUGACAUCUACGAGUGGUGCGACACCGCGCCUGGUGCUGAAAAGUUAGAAAUAUUUUAACUUCUAUGCACGUCUUAAAAAAAGAGGAGCGCCAGCCAGCUGAGCCGUACCAUGGGAAGACAAUAGUUUUGCGUGCAACACGUUUUUAGCAAUGUGAGCGACGUCUAAAGCAAUAAUUCAUCUACACUACAUCACAAAUGUUAAAUAUUAAAUAGUAAAUACUUUUUUUUUUUAAAGCAUGAAUCUAUUAUAUGCUGUACUGCCUUAUUUCACCUUUCAGUGUUUCUGUCGUAUAUAUUUUAGGGUUCAGCCAGCGCAAACCCCCAGCUGUGAACAAAACCCUUUCCCCCUGCUGCUGAAAACAACAUCAGAGUGGAAACACUGCAGUCUCACUCAGUUUUAGAUAACUAGGAUGAAUCUGUGAACAACAGCGACAGAUUUUGGCAUUUUUUCAUUUGCACACAGUAACAAUAACUCCUAUGGCUUCAUUCGUGUCUCAAACUGUGCAUCUACAAUAGACAGUAUCACAAUAUUUAAGUUACUGAUGACUUUUUCCACCCUUAUUUCCCUGUCCGUUUCACUCGCUCCCCUUUUUUGAAUUUGUCAGAAGCAGAAGCCCCCGGAGGCAGCCGUACCCAACUAUCAGGACACAGAGGACCCAGAGUAUGAGGACUUCAGGGCCGAGGCCACACAACAGAA